GAGAAUGGGGAAAUGUUUAAAUAAAUCAGGUCAUUAAAACAUUAGGUAUUGGCUUUGUCCAAACGGUGUAGUUAGCUAUUCGUUACUAACAUAACUGUUAGCUAGGUAACGUUUCAUCAUCAGACAGAUACCUUUUUUAGCUUGGUACUGUUGGCUAGCUAAUAGCUCCUGCGAACUAAUUUGAAGCUCUGCUCAAACAGAGUCGCGGAAGGAGUAAAACGACGAUAGUUUUGUAUUUGGUGACCUCACAAGGGAUUCCACAGGUGACCUCACAAGGGAUUCCACAGAUGACCUCACAAGGGAUUCCACAGAUGACCUCACAAGGGAUUCCACAGGUGACCUCACAAGGGAUUCCACAGGUGACCUCACAAGGGAUUCCACAGAUGACCUCACAAGGGAUUCCACAGAUGACCUCACAAGGGAUUCCACAGGUGACCUCACAAGGGAUUCCACUGUUCUGGUGACAGGAAGAUGAUCGGACCCUGAAAUAACUUGUCUUUGACAGAGACUCAUAAUGCAGCACUUCCCGAGGCUCCCAGUGUGGCAGGAGAUAUAGGAGACCUGUGAAUACACAGGCGAGAGACACACCUCACACUAGUGAGGCUCCAUUCAAUAGCAAGUUGUUAUUUUUAUUUUUACAACAACAGAAAAAAAACAUUCUAACUGCUGAGACAAAAUGAGUUCUGAGAAGGAAGCGUUGAUGGAUGAAAUCGAAAAGAGUUUAUGGAAUUUAACUGAGGACAAUUUACGUUACCUGUGUGAACGUCAUGCCAAAGAUGGAUUUGAAAUUAAAGGGAUGAAUCAUCGCUUAUUAAGGCGUAAAGUCAUGGAGGAAAUGUGGGACAAUACGGAUUCAAUGAAAUCAGAGGAGCAGGGAAUAUCUUGGUUAGUCCAUCUGAAAGAGGACAUCAGGAGGACACAGGAGGAGGGUAGCAGUGCACUCAUGAGUCCCAGCCAAUCAGAUGAUGUAGACCGCAAUGAAGAACACAACAAGGUGGACAGGGAUUGGUUGCCGAGCAACGGACUGACAGCAGAGCCCUUGCAUCCCAGCCAAUGUGAUGAUGAUGAUGCUGUCGACUGCGAUGAAGAGGGAGGAGCUGGGUUGCUUAGCAACACAUCAGACCAGAGUAAAUUAAAAAUGCACAUCAGAUCGCACACUGUUAAACAACACACAGUGAAUCCCUCAGUGAAACCUCACCACUGCUCGGAUUGUGGGAAACAGUUCAUUGUAAAAUCAAGCCUUAAACAUCACAGGCUAGUGUUUCACACAGAUCACCCUCACCGCUGUGGUCAAUGUAAGAAGAGUUUCAUAACUGCAGCAAGACUGGAAUCACACACAAAAACAAGACACCCGCCAAGUGAUCCUCUGAAGAACCCACACGUGUGCUCUAAAUGCGGUAGGGCAUUCCCUGUGGCUGCCAGUCUUAAGAGACACCUGAGAACUCAUACUGGGGAGAAACCGUACGUCUGCCCCCAGUGUGGAAAGGACUACAGUGACUGUGGAAACUUGAGGAAACACAUGAGAAGAACUCACCCAGUAGAGGAGAUGGUUGUGGAGAGUUUCGCCACUCAGAGGAGCAUCCCUACAGGGAAUGUGGAGGAAAUGCAGGACAACACGGAUUCAAUGAAAUCGGAGGAGCAGGGAACAUCUUGGUCACUCCAACUGAAAGAGGACCUCAAAGGGAUACAGGAGAAUGGGAGCGUUGUGCCCAUGAGUCCCGGCCAAUCCGAUGACGCCGAUGACGAUGAUGCUGCAGACUGCAACGUUAAGGACAGGGAUUGGUUGCCUAGCAACGGACUGAAGGCGGAGCCCAUGAGUCCCGGCCAAUCCGAUGACGAUGGUGCUGAUGACGACGACGAUGAUGACGAUGAUGCUGCAGACUGCAACGUUAAGGACGGGGAUUGGUUGCCUAGCAACGGACUGAAGGCGGAGCCCAUGAGUCCCAGUCAAUCCGAUGAUGCUGUAGACUGGGAUGAGGAGGACAGUGAUUGGAUGGCUAGCGAUGGGCUGGAGGUGGAGUUGUCUCCAGAGAGACACACACCAGAGCAGAGAGUGAGAGAGGACAAACCUCCCCUGCCCCCCUUUGCCCUCCCAGAGUCCCCGGUAGUGGUCCCCGGUGCCUCUCCCGGUAGCGACUUAUUGAGCGGUCUGAAGAGUGUGUCUGUGUGGCUGGUCGACUGCAGGAAGACACCAGGGCAGAGUACCCAUAUAAUACACAAGACAACACAGACAGGAGAGAAACCCCACAGCUGGUCUAAUGCUGAACAACACAAAACCCUCUCAGGAGACAGGCCUGGCUCCCAUAUCUGUGAUCACUGUGGGAAGAAUUGUAUCACUGCUACCAAUCUGAAAACACAUUUACCGUGUCUGUCUGGAGAGAAACCACACGUCUGCUCUGAAUGCGGAAAGAGUUUCACACAGGCCGGCUGUCUUAAGAGACACCUGAGAACUCAUACCGGGGAGAAACCGUACGUCUGUCCUCUGUGUGGGAAGGCUUCUACUGAUUCUGGAAACUUAAAGAGACACAUCAGAAAAACUCACCCAGGAGAGGAGGUCAUUGUGAAGAGACUUGCCUAUCAGAAGAGCGUUCGUAAUGCUAAAGAAUACACACAAGCCCACUCCGGAGAUGGCUCUCAUAUCUGUGAUCACUGUGGUAAGAAUUUUACCACAGCGAGAAGUCUAAAACUACACAUGCAGUCCCUGCAGAGAAGGAGAGAGAACUUGACUGCAGAGAAAGCUCAUGUGUGCUCUGAAUGUGGAAAGGGCUUCCAUCAGGCUGGCAGUCUUAAGAGACACCUGAGAACUCAUACUGGGGAGAAACCGUACGUCUGCCAUCAUUGUGGGAAGGCUUGCAGUGAUUCUGGAAACUUACAGAAACACAUCAAAAGUCACAUGGGUAAACAACACACAGUGAAACCUUACCUCUGCUCUGAAUGUGGGAAACAGUUCAUUGGAAAACAAAGCCUUGAACAUCACCGGGAGGUUUUUCACACAGAUCACCCUCACCGCUGUGGUCAAUGUAAGAAGAGCUUCAUAACUGCAGCAAGAUUGGAAUCGCACAUAAAAACAAGACACCCGCCACCUGAUCCUCUGAAGAACCCACAUGUGUGCUCUGAAUGUGGACGGGGAUUCCCUGUGGCCGCCAGUCUUAAAAGACACCUGAGAAUCCACACUGGGGAGAAACCGUACUCCUGCCCUCAGUGUGGAAACAGUUACAAUGAUCGUGGAAAUUUAAAGAAACACAUCAGAACUCACACAGAAGAGAAACCCUACCACUGCUCGGUGUGCGGGAUGAAGUUCCGUCAUACAAAAACAUUACAACGGCAUCACCAGGAGAACCACAAGGGGGAGACACUGGGUCCCAUCCACAGGCACCAAGACCCUCUUCCAUGCCCCCACUGCGGGGAGGAGUUCUCAUCCAAGGCUCUUCUGAAGGAUCAUCUACGGACUCACUCUAGCCGGGUUCACUGCUCCCGAUGCGACAAGACCUUCUCCACUAAAAGUAACUUACUGGUUCAUCAGCGGAUACACACUGGAGAGAGGCCUUACCUUUGCCCUCAGUGUGGGAAGAGUUUCUCUCUGGCAGGGAGUUUAAAACUUCAUCUCCGGAUUCAUGCGGGUGAGAAACCUUACUGCUGUACUUACUGUGACAAGAGAUUCACAAGUAAGAGUCACUGCAAUCUUCACCUGCGAAUCCACACUGGAGAGAAACCGUACCAAUGCCCUGACUGCGGGAGGUGUUUCGCUGACGGGAAUGUCCUGAAAAACCACCGGCGGACCCACACAGGAGAGAAACCGUUCCAGUGCCGCUUGUGCGAUAAAGCUUUCGCUCAGUUGAGCAGUCUGAAGAAACAUCAGGAGACACACAGGCAAACUCAGCCUGUCUCUGUCCCAAGACUCCCUAAUCCCUACCCACCACCCAAUCAGCAUGUCCCUUAUCCCUACCCAUCACAGAUCCAAUGGCAGGGGUCAAAGUUACCUGGUGUGCCCUGGUACCGCGACCCGGUGUGCUCUGGUACCGCGACCCGGUGUGCCCUGGUACCGCGACCCGGUGUGCCCUGGUACCGCGACCCGGUGUGCUCUGGUACCGCGACCCGGUGUGCCCUGGUACCGCGACCCGGUGUGCCCUGGUACCGCGACCCGGUGUGCUCUGGUACCGCGACCCGGUGUGCCCUGGUACCGCGGUACCGCGACCCGGUGUGCCCUGGUACCGCGACCCGGUGUGCCCUGGUACCGCGACCCGGUGUGCUCUGGAUUUCUUAUUACCAUACCGGAAAUGACGCAAUCGACAUGCUCCCCGAGGUCGAAAGGUAUACAUCAGAACACAUCGGAAGGUUCUCUAAAAGUCCUGCCAUUGACUGCAUUGUCGUUGUUGCCACACGAGCAGGACAAUAUGAAUCCACUCAGUUCAGAAAGGAAACAUUGAUGGAUGAAAUCGAAAAGAGCUUAUGGAAUUUAACCGAGGACAAUUUACGCUACAUGUGUGAACGUUGUGGAAUGGAUGGCCCUGAAAUUAAAGGGAUGAAUCAUCGCUUAUUAAGGCGUAAAGUCAUGGAGGAAAUGUGGAACAAGACGGAGUCAAUGAAAUCAGAGGAGCAGGGAAUGUCUUGGUUAGUCCAACUGAAAGAGGACAUCAGGAGGACACAGGAGGAGGGUAGCAGUGCACUCAUGAGUCCCGGCCAAUCAGAUGAUGUAGACCGCAAUGAAGAACACAACAAGGGGGACAGGGAUUGGUUGCCUAGCAACGGACUGACAGCGGAACCCUUGCAUCCCAGCCAAUGUGGUGAUGAUGCUGUCGACUGCGAUGAAGAUUGGAAUGAAGAGGGAGGAGCUGGGUUGCUUAGCAAUGGACUGGAGGCGGAGUCAGCUCCAGAGAGCCACAGUUACGACAAGCCUCCACCACCCCUCUCCCCUCUCCCAGAGUCUCCGGGUCAUGCCUCUCCCAGCAGGGCCUUAUUGUGUGGUCUGAAGAGGGUGUCUGUACGGCUCGACGACUGCAGGAAGACACCGGGGCAGAGUAGCCAUAUAAUACACAAGACAGCACAGACGGGAGAGAAACCCCACAGCUGGUCUAAUGCUGAACAACACAAAACCCUCUCAGGAGACAGGCCUGGCUCCCACAUCUGUGAUCACUGUGGGAAGAAUUUUGUCACAGCUACCAAUCUGAAAACACAUUUACUGUGUCUGUCUGGAGAGAAACCUUACAUGUGCUCUGAAUGCGGAAAGAGUUUCACGCAGGCCGGCAAUCUUAAGAGACACCAGAGAACUCAUACUGGGGAGAAGCCGUUUGUUUGUCCUCGUUGUGGGAAAGACUACAAUGAUUCUGGAAACUUAAAGAAACACAUGAGGUCCCAUGCGGUUAAACAACACACAGGGAACCCCAAAGUGAAACCUUACCUCUGCUCUGAUUGUGGGAAGCAAUUCAUUGGAAAACAAAGUCUUGAAUAUCACCGGGAGGUUUUUCACACAGAUCACCCUCAUCGCUGUGGUCAAUGUAAGAAGAGCUUCAUAACUGCAGAAAGACUGGAAUCGCACAUAAAAACAAGACACCCGCCAAGUGAUCCUCUGAAGAACCCACAUGUGUGCUUGGAAUGCGGAAGGGGAUUCCCUGUGGCCGCCAGUCUUAAAAGACACCUGAGAAUUCAUUCUGAGGAGAAACCGUACUCCUGCCCUCAGUGUGGAAACAGUUACAGUGAUCGUGGAAAUUUAAAGAAACACAUCAGAACUCACACCGAAGAGAAACCCUACCACUGCUCGGUGUGCGGGAUGAAGUUCCGUCAUACAAAAACAUUACAACGGCAUCACCAGGAGAACCACAAGGGGGAGACACUGGGUCCCAUCCACAGGCACCAAGACCCUCUUCCAUGCCCCCACUGCGGGGAGGAGUUCUCUACCAAGGCUCUUCUAAAGGAUCAUCUACGGACCCACUCUAGCCGGGUUCACUGCUCCCAGUGCGACAAGACCUUUUCCAAUAAAGGUAAUUUACUUGUUCAUCAGCGGAUACACACUGGAGAGAGGCCUUACCUUUGCCCUCAGUGUGGGAAGAGUUUCUCUCUGGCAGGGAGUUUAAAACUUCAUCUCCGGAUUCAUGCGGGUGAGAAACCUUACUGCUGUACUUACUGUGACAAGAGAUUCACAAGGAAGGGCCACUGCAAUAGCCACAUGCGAAUCCACACUGGAGAGAAACCGUACCAAUGCCCUGACUGCGGGAGGAGGUUUGCUGACGGUAAUGUCCUGAAAAACCACCGGCGGACCCACACAGGAGAGAAACCGUUCCAGUGCCGCAUGUGUGAUAAAGCCUUCGCCCAGUUGACCAGUCUGAAGAAACACCAGGAGACACACAGCCAUAAUCACACUCCUGACAUCCAGACCUACCCGUUAGCCCGACAUCCAGACCCGUUAGCCCGACAUCCAGACCCGUUAGCCCGACAUCCAGACCCGUUAGCCCGACAUCCAGACCCGUUAGCCCGACAUCCAGACCCGAGCCCCGACAUCCAGACCCGUUAG